UUUUUGUGAUUCGCAAUCUUUCCCAUCAGCUCUGUUCUCAUCCUGUAAUGACACCGCUUCCCCGUGCUCUGCGCAAACCUGUCUUCGUCAAGGUUCUGGAUAAUGCGUAUGAGCUCGGUUGUGGAUACCUUCUUUGAAAAUAUGCUCAGUGAUGCCGCCUCCGACAUGUACAAGAUGUGGCAGAAAGUCGGCAAGGAGAGAAAUUCUGACGAGUGGGAGAUGACACCAGCAACUGUAAAUGCAUACUAUAACCCCCCUGCCAAUGAAGUGGAUUCGUACUGUCAAGGCGCUAGACUGACAAAGAACAAGAACGUCUUCCCAGCUGGCAUCUUACAACCUCCUUUCUUCUCCGAGAGCUGGCUUGGAUACCUCUCCUACGGCUCCUUUGGAAUGGUAGCCGCGCAUGAAUUAACUCACGCAUUUGAUUCCUCAGGUCGUCUUUCCAACCAACAAGGAAAACUCGAAGAGUGGUGGUCACGGCAGACUAGCGACGCGUACCAAAUUCGCCAGGACUGCAUCGUGGAGCAAUACUCGUCAUAUACAGUAGAGGAUGGCAAAGGAGGGAUCAUCCAUGUCAAUGGAAACCUGUAUGUCUAUGGUCGUGAUGUUUAAGCUUGUUAACGUUACUAAUUGAUUACUUCCAAGUACCUCUGGCGAAAACAUCGGAGACACGGGUCUGAUUCAGGCGUAUCGGGCUUGGAAGGCGCAAUACGAAGAUUCCUACGACGCCGGAACGGAAUAUCUGCUUUCCGGCCUUGGCUACACUCGGUUUGCGAUACUAGAUUUAUGAGUGAACUAUUCAGGCACUAAUGCUAAGUUCAGGGAGCAGCUAUCCUUCAUCUCGUUUGCCCGUACAUGGGCGAUGAACACCAGU